UCACAGAUAAAUAACACGCGGAGCUUCCGUUGGCUCGUUAUACCGGGAUCAGUAGCUUACAACUAUUUAUUUAUACUGCACCCUACUAUUAAAAUUAAUUAUUUAUUCUGUACUAUGGGAACAGAAAGUUUCUGGCUGCUGCUUAUCGGAUUUUCUCUUAUUGCGAGCGAACCAAUCUCCAACUCUACUCAAGUGUUUGCUAGUAACUCCUCUGAGCUGACGGGGGACUACAGUGACAUCCAGUCCAAGUUCUCCAUCAGAAACCCAGAAUUCCCUGACGAGGAUCUUUGCUAUCUCGUCCCGGGACAACGGGACUCUAUUUCGGACUGCAACUUCAAAAAUGAUUCCCAAACCUUCCUCAUUAUCCACGGAUGGUCGGUGGCGGGUCUGUUUGAGAGCUGGGUCUAUAAGCUGGUGUCGGCUCUGUUUGAACGUGAACCCAGUGCCAAUGUUAUUGUGGUGGACUGGCUGGAUCGGGCCAACAAACACUACCCCAAAUCAGCAGAAAACACCAGACUGGUGGGGGCAGACGUGGCCAAGUUUGUCAACUGGCUGGAGGAGAUGGACUAUCCUCUGGAAAGAGUGCAUCUGUUAGGCUACAGUCUCGGUGCACAUGUGGCCGGAGUCGCAGGAAACCUCACCAACAACAAAGUCAACAGAAUCACAGGUCUGGACCCCGCGGGCCCCAGCUUUGAGAAUGCUGAGAGUCUGAGGCGUCUGUCUCCUGAUGAUGCCAGCUUUGUGGACGUCCUGCACACAAACACCAGAGGCUCGCCGGACCUCAGCAUCGGCAUCCAGAGACCUGUGGGUCACGUGGACAUUUACCCCAACGGAGGCACCUUCCAGCCGGGCUGCAACAUUCAGAACACCAUGAAGCUCAUCGCCACCUACGGCAUUUACAACAUGGAUCAGAUCGUCAAAUGCUCUCACGAGCGCUCCAUUCACCUGUUCAUCGACUCGCUGGUGAACCGGGCGUACCAGAGCUGGGCGUAUCGCUGCAGCUCCAGAGACGCCUUCAACAAGGGCCUGUGUCUGAGCUGCCGCAAGAACCGCUGCAACAAACUCGGCUACGGCGUCAACAAGAUCCGCAGAGCCAGGAGCGCAAAGAUGUACCUCAAGACCCGCGACAUGAUGCCUUUUAGGGUGUUUCAUUACCAGAUUAAACUGCAUCUGUUCAGCGACAAAAACAUGACUUUGCUGGAGCAGCCAAUGAAAGUGUCUCUGUUCGGGACGACCGAUGAGAGGGACGACAUCGCUGUCACUGUGCCCAGCAUGAGCACCAACAGCACUGUCUCGUUCCUGCUGACGUCUGACAAAGACAUCGGCGAGCUGCUGAUGCUGAGCUUACACUGGGAGAAAGACUCAUAUCUCUACAGCUUCUUCAGCACCAAUCAGUUCAUGAUCCGCAAGAUGAGGAUCAAAUCUGGAGAAACACAGUCCAAGCUAAUAUUCAGACCCAAAGAAGGAGAGUUUGUUUCACUGGUUCAGGGUGGAGACGCUGUUGUGUUUGUGAAGUCCAGCGAGACGCCGCAGAGCAGGAGACAGCAGAGGCAGCACAGACUGAAACAUCACGGGAGCUUCUUCAAACAGAGCAUCAACGACGCAACCGCAGACAUGAGUAAAGAACCGGCGUUACUUCAUAAUGAAUCAACAGAGAUCAUGACAGAAACCACCGCGCAGGUCAACACUACAAACGCUUUGAGAUUUUAUUAAUGUCAUCUGCACCAGAUAUACUGUAUCUGAACAUUUUCAUUCAAUGUGAAGUUGGGCUUGUGAAUUUCACAAACUUCCAGGUAACAUUUGCAACCAAAAUCAAAA